AUGUCGCUAUCUCAGAAAGGUGGAGUGCUACUUUACGAUGAAGAUGGACACGAGUAUCGGAAGGACAAAACAAUCCGAAAAGGGGUAGCUACAGCUUAUCGUUGUACGAAAACAAACUGCCGGGGAAGGAUGCAUAAAGAUGAAGCAACUGGAGUCCUUUCUGUCACCAACGAGCACGCUAUGACCUGCCUGCCAUUGAAAGAAAAAGAAGAGAUACGUGGAAUACACUGUGGCGCCAAAAACGAUCGGAUUGCUGGAGUUCCGACGAAGGAAAUUAUUAAACGACGUGUUCUCGGAGCUCGCCCACACUUAUUGCCUUAUCUCAAUGCCAAGGGUAUUCAACAAAUGGCUCGUCGGCAAGUCAAAAUCGAUGGUGAUAGAGAUUGGCCUGCUCCGGUCACUGGAACUUUUCGGGUUUUAUUCUUACGAUAUGAUAACUGCUCAAACUACCCAGCUCCACACGCAAACGCAAUUAAAUUCUUUGCUACUGAUUGGGGAAUCGAUAUGUUACUUCAGCACCCUAUUUGGAGUAUUGAUGGCACGUUUUAUGCGGCUCCCUUUGGCGACGUCUUUGGUCUGGUCAAACAAUUGGGAUUACCACCACCAACAAAAAUUAAAACAGAUAUGGAGCUGGCUAUUGUCAACGGUUUUAUGGCAGUCUAUGGCAACACAUCAACCAUACAUUUCUGUUGUUUUCAUUUCUUCAAGGCCAUCUUUCGCAAAAUUAAGGAGAAGAAACUACAAGACAUCUAUUGUGAUUCAAAUAUGUUUGUCUACGUGAAAGGAUUGCUUGCACUGACAUUCAUAAGACCUGUUGAUGUCUUGCGAUAUUUUCGUGUACUACGAGAUGAAGCCUUCAAACAAAUUCCCUCCCUUAUUAAUGAGUUACAAGGCUUAUAUUCGUACUUCGAAAAAUCUUUUGUUGGAUUUGUUCAAAAUAGUCGCUUCAUUCGACCAACACACUCCAUUGAAACGUGGAACUCGUAUGAUACAAUCUGUCGUGGCGAACAACUUGGCAACUCGUCUCAAGAAUCUUACAAUUCUUUACUAAAAGCUCUUACUUCACGAUGUUCUGCUCGUUAUGUUGCUCAAAAGCUACUAGAUAUUCAAGAAGACUUCGAAAAAACGUCUUCUUGCGGCUACAUCUCGGCACAUGACUCUACCUCAAUCUUCGCCUCAAUCGUCGAAAGUUCUUCACGGCCAUCGUGUAAGAAAAGUUGCGGUUCAAAAUGGAUCGUUGGG